AUGUCUACGAGAGGCUACACAAAUGCGACCUGUGACACACCACUGGACCUGUAUCCGAACGCGACCAUACUCCAACAGAUCCACGACUGUCAAGCAGCCGCCAACACAAGUUUCUGCUGGCCGCCCAACGGCUCCAGAAUAUGCACACCUGCAAGUGAAGUUAGAUGGUUCUGGCCCAUAGAAUACUUCGACACAGAAAACGAAUCCAAAGUCGCCAUACAAGACGACCUCUCCUCGGCCUUUCUCUUCCUCCGCGAGAACACGGGGAACCGGACCACCAGCUUCACCGAAUAUGGAUUCGACUACAAGGCCGUUCCGAUCCCGGGGAAACCCUACGAGAAGGUGGUGAAAAUCUACAUGAUCGAGCGGCGGUUCAAGGGGCAGAACGCGACGACGAAUGCGUUUAAUUACGAAAUCCACGAUGCGCAGACAGUGACGUUGGUGAAGAGUGCAGAGUGGACUUCGACGAGGACGAGUGGGAGACUGUCGGGGAGCACAUCGACUUCGUCGGCGAGUAGUGGUGGGGGUGGUGGGAAUUCACUCAGUGGAGGGAAGGUUGCUGCGAUUGUUGUUCCUAUCGUUCUUGUCGCCACUGUUAUCCUUUUCUUCUGCUGUUGCAAGGCAUGCUGUUGCGGGCCGGCGAAGAACAGAUCGAAAACGAAGCCGGAACAGGAUGCAGAGGCCGCAGCCGCGGGAUUGCAGAACGCUGCAGCAGCAAUGAGACAACAGGGACCAUCUCCUGGGACUGCAUACACGAGGGAUGCACCGUUGGUUGGAACCGGACCUGGGCAGAUUGCUACUUUGGACCCAGCAGUAAACAACCCGAGACGGCAGUCAACGGACGCUGUGCCAACAUACGAUGCGCCGCCGCCCAAAUAUGUACCAUGA